AUGUCUGACCAAAGUUGGGCCUAUUACCCAGUUUGGGGCGCUGCUCCUUAUCAGUAUUAUCAGAGCGGACCUUUGCCCCAGGUAUUUCAGCGCUUUACUCAUCUGCAUAUAUCAUAGACGUAUGAUUAUAACCAUAAGGCAGUUCCACCGCUCGCGGACGCCUCCGCGGAAGCAACGAAAAAACCGGGCACACCACCGCCUCCCGGUUUGGAUCAAGCUGAUACGGCACCGCCAACAUCAGAUAAUGUUACAAGCUACCCUUCAGCUGUCCCGACUGCCACACCUUACGUGUAUCCUCUAUACACACCUUACGCUGGUCUCUCAGCCAUGGAUGCCGCCUCCCGGUGGAAUGCGUUAAAUUGUAGCUACCUCAGUAGCCAGCCCACUACCACCGACAAUUCCCAGGCGGCAUGUCCAACUACCCCCGCUCCAGGCGUGCAGCCAAACUCGUUUACACCUAUGUCCGGUCCUCGGUUUCCCCUGAAAGGUAGCGUUACGCUCUCGUAUGUAAGUCUCUAGAUUCCGCGAAGACGGGUAGUGCCGCAAACUACACCGUCUAUGGAGGUCCAAAACCACAAGGGGCUUCUAAUAUUGCGACCGGUCCUUCAAGUCUUUCAGAGUCUGCGGGUGGUGAGAAUCACUGGAGCCCAGAAUUAAAGUAAUUGUGUUUACGCUUUUCGAUAAUAGAUGUAGAGAAUACGUCCGGAGAGCCUUCUGCAGUACUGAUAAUGCUGUGGAAAAGGACCAGAUGGAACGUAUACUUCGUGAAAAACUCGAGUACGUGUUUCGAAAUAAAAUACAGAUUGACUGGACAAAAGAACCAAUUCCAACCGUCCCCAGUAAAUCGCUCGCAGCAAUACUUGCUGCCGGUCAGUCAGCGUCCGUAAAGUAAGUUCGAAUGGCCCCAAAAUAUUAUUGGGACUUCGGCCUAUCUGUUUCUUUUUUCGUUUGUCAUCUUACGGCUGAGCUGCCGGAUGCUUCCCUUAAGACUUAGUUUUUUUGCAGGAAGAGUUCCACUCCAGACCAGCCAGUUGUAUUUACUGGUUUCCAUGAACCCAGUGGCCCAGCUCCAUGUCAGAGUUGUAGAGUGGUUAAGGGUUCUACAUUACGCAACCUUUCCUGCCCGCACUUUUUGUACAAUAUAUUUGUCCCGAUUUUCCACUUAUGGAUGCAGUGCUCGCGCCCACUUUACACCAUUCCUACGGGGUAAGUGCUGCGCGUGAGGCUGACCUUUGUGUUGCGUUUCGGCCAGCUAGGGCACACGAUCUGACUGAAAUCCGAAGACCGGUGAGUCUGGGACCAGGUCCAGUAUUGCACGUUGUUCGAUUUGAUUACUCAGGUCGUUGCUUUCCGGGGGGCAUUUACUAACAUUUUGCCAGAUGUUCCGACAACUUAUUCGAGUGCACAGUACUCACUGUAAUUCAUCCUGUCUCCAAAAGGGCACCUAAGUGUGUCACUAUCUCCACUGACAUACUCAUAUUGGAAACUCGGAUAAGUGACACUGUGACACCGCACUUGAUGUUUACGCUUACGCAGGUAUCGGCCAUUUCGGAUUCAACAGGAUGUAUUGUCGAAGGAAUGCCGACAAAAGGAGGCCGGGACAGUCAUAUCUAGCUUAUCGCCCGUCGUAAGCAGCUGCCGCGGUCAACCUAGUAUCUGUUGUUGUUACUUCCUCAUUCUUACUAUGCACCUGUCUGCGAGGGCUCCAGGAACGACGGAGCGAGCGUGUCCCGUGUUUUAGCCAAAUUGGUGAACGCCCACGUUUUACGGUGUCAUUUUGUUCAAACAAUCGUUGAGUAUUGGCGUACAUGACCAAAUUUGCGAGUUACUGGUAAUCUUACCUGUUAAUUUUACUUCCUUAUACCGAUUUAGUAGAGCCAGCCUAAGACGGAGUUUGACUUGCAUCUUUAAAAAUAUUUUGUCUUCGCUAGUGUUGUACGUCCGGUGUCCAUGCAACCUCGACGACCUACUCGAGGAAGACUGGGCGGUCCUCUGCCCACCGGCACUCUUAGACAACCCGCUUCGCAAAAAAAGUUUACCCUACCUUUGUACGGAAGUGCGAGCUUCAAAAACCUUCCUCCCAAGUCACGCACCCCUAGUCCUGUUUCGCGGCCAAAACCGUCUACUAAAGUGUCUCCAAACGCCACUAACAAUGGCUUCCGAAAGAGAAGAAUCAGUGAAAGCAGGAGUAGUUUCUCAUCUUCGUCUACUAGCUCCAGUCCACAAAGCCGGGGGUCCAGUCCUUCAUGGAAGCUCGCUGAUACUAAACGCCAUAGGCGUUCUCCGUCUCCAAAACGGCGUAACGCUAAACAGUGGCGUGGUCGCCGAUCUUGUGCCGACAGUCAGGAUAGUAAUGAGAGUACCGCAAGGUGGGAACUCAUUCCUAUCAAUUUCAUUCUUAUUGUUCCCCCAACUCAUCGCCAUCCAACUUAUUGACCAUGUUUUGAUACUAUUCUAGUUCGUUGUACUUAGUCAGGCCUUCGAAUCGAGUCGGGUCUAGCUUUUUAGCAUUCUCAACGUUCCCUGUCUGGUUUUGAUGGGGGACUGCAGCAGUAUUCAAUUUGAAUCGACCACAAUGUUUUUGUUAAAAAUUUGGUCCUUUACUCUUUUGGAGCACUAAAACUUAGUUGUUAGGCCAUAUUGGUUGCUUUCUUGCCCUUUUAUGGGUCUGUGAAGGGCGUUUGCUACUGGGGCUGUCUGCGUGCGGCACUAACUCUGCUCUGGACUAAAAGUUGUGAGCAGACAUUUUGCACACACGUGCCGCGGACUGCGACGAGACGCCAUCUGCACACCUGGCCUUUAACAUUUAGCCAUAAUACUCCUCCAAUAAGUCCGACUUUUGAGUUUGCUAACAGCAUCAAUGACAUUAAAGUUUACCCCUGCCAACGUCAAAGACUUGUCAUUGGAGGAUGACCUAAACGCCAGUGCCCAGACAGGCGUGUGGUUUGAGCCAGUUUUACUACUUCUUUCGGCUCUCACUAAACCACAAUUUCCAAGUACUAUUUUGCCCCACACAUGUAUACCAAAAGAAUGCAUUAUAUGCUCGACCGUUUCCUUGUCAGGUUGGUGCCAGUGUAACAAGUCGACGCCGUUAGUGGAAGGUUGUGCCCAAUCAGAGACUGCGAGCCCACUUCCCUGAGAAUGUGCAAUCUCCCCCAGGGCAGCACGAAUUUUCCACAGACUAAUUCAAAUUAUACUUCGCAUUCAGGCGCGGGUGUUUUGGCUACCACAGACGCCGUUGUACGACUCGUGCUUGGCUCAUCAUUGCUAAUGAGAAUCGGUCGAUUGUUCUCCGGCCGUAGAUCCAUACAUUUUUGACAGACAGACAUACUUGACACCGUCCGUACUCUUGACAUUUGGAGCAUUAUGUUUGGAAGUGAGGGGACUCGACCAUGAAACGCCUACGCAGACGAGAUCAAGCAUUUAAAGUGAUUUCGCAACUAUCUAUCCGCCAGGCUACUCAGGUUACACCCGCUAUUUGUGCAAAUAACCCUUAUUUCCAAUUAAGUUGCUGUGUAUCUUCUACAUUUUGCACUGUGUCAUGCCUACAGUUUGUGGGUUAGGACAUGAUCUCAUUUCCAGGUGCAAUCGCGACCUCAUCUAUGGAUCUCAUCUUCGAUGCUCUUAAUAAAAACGGUCCUUUCUGGUCAACUGUUUCCGUCGGUUCUAUCCCAUAGUAUGCUGUUCUUCCCCUUCAAUUAAUUCGCAGCCAUCACAGUUUUAUAAGCUGUGGCAGGUUUUGUCAACUGGUAAAUUGUUGACCAAGCAACCCAUCGUCGGAAGUUUCGCUUCGUUGAACACAAUAGUCCUGACAUACAACACCAGCUUCUACCUGUGAAUUUCACGCCGAUGUGGGUUAUGCAAUCGCGUUUUUACAUCUGUCCGCUCCGACUGGUACAUAGGAGAUAGAAGAGAGUGAGGCCGAUACGGGUGAUUCCCGCCACACUUCCAAUCGCCGCAUUUCUACCGUAGAUCUGAGGCUCGUAAACCUAUCGCAGUGCGCUAUAGGUCGUGGCUCUGAGGGUUGCCAGUUAAUAGAAUAACUUCGUGGGAGUAUUUUGGAAUGACUGAUGAAUUGAGAUUCAGGCUGCAACGACUCCUUUGGUGGGGCCUUUAUGGUACUUAUGAGUGUGAGAUCCAAGCCGCUCACAUGAAAGCUCGAAGCAUGUGGAAGCCAGGUCGUGUAAUGCGCAGACGGGCUGUUAGGCCUUGCCAGCCAGGGCUCUUAUACUUGCCUUCGGUCAUACGGACAUUGCCUUGUCAUCGGAGCAAGGUGGGCGAGGUUGGAGAAGCUGCAGCGCGAGUCUGUCUCGCCGUAAACCAUAUCAUGCGCAAUACCGCCUUGCGUCCAUCCCGUGGCGCGCACGAUAGAUGUAGUUGCUCGCGACGGUCGAACUGCCACAUCUGCCUACUAUCACUGCUAAAUACUACUUACAGCUCCUGUCACGUCAUGUUUCAGCAGCCCAUUUGUAAUCGCUUCUUAGAUUACUUUGACACGGCGAGUGACGACUUCCUGUCUUCUCCAGUAGGACAUCGUUCAUUAGAACCUGCAUUCCACGCGGCUGGGCCCCUUUCUCGCUCCCAUGUAAUUAGCUGACCAGUUGAAUCUGAAGGCUUGCUAAGGCGCUUUGGUAUGCUGUUUUAUUGGGCUAAGCCGCAUUGCACUGAGUGAGUUCAUUCGCACACCUGUCUUUUUGGCCUACUGAAUAGUUGCGACUGAAGUUUCCGCGCAUACUACUAAUUUAGGCAUAAUUCGACGUCAUCUGAGACCAGUGAAUGUGUCGUCCACGCUUAAUAUUUCAGUUGUGAAAAGUCAGUGACAAUGUUUUCAAGACCGCCUAGGCGAUAAGUCCAUAAAGGGAUAAGCAGGUUAGCUGUCUUGCAGCCGGUUUUCAUUUAUUCCACGGGUUAGACUCGGAUAGUAUAACAUACGUUUUUUUCCACCAGUACCGUUCCACUGCCCAGAACCAGCUACCACAAACUGCCUCUUUCAGGGAAUUCGUCCAAAAUGUUUACUUUUUAGUGCAUAGCUAAAGCGCUCAUUAACCAUUGCAGUUUGGCACUAUUUUAGAAGUUACAAUACUCCUGAUUUUGUGGAAUAGGCGUAUAAUGCGGCAAAAUUGAAUCGGAAUGCCGUGACUUGAUUUUAGUAUAGCAAGUUAUGUCACAAGCAAUGGAGACGUGUCACUGGCAAGAACUAUAACAAUGAAGUGGCCAUUUUUGGCUCAUUUGCUGUCAGUCAUCCAUUACAUAUUGCAGUAAAAACUUGCAGUGACUUACCGCUUAAAGCCUAAGAGGAUGGGAAAGACCUCCUGCCUUCUUACAAUUUAAACUGACAGUACACUUUCGCCGCGUUUUAAUUUCACCCGAUCACACCAUAUCAGCAGUUGACGGCGACCGAAUCAAGCCCUGAUUUGCGAAUAUGCAUACACGGUAAUAGUUUACGAGAAUCCACUUUUUCCCUACACUUCGGUACAUUAUCGAGCAUGGGUCUUACUCUGCAAAUAAUGGAUAAUACUGCUACCGACGAAUUCCCCCAGGCUCUUGUAGGACCGGUUAUAACGUGUGUCACUUCUCUUAAGAUUGGCAUGCCUAGAAGACGGGAACACUUCAGUUGUUUCGUAGGUAGGUCUAGGUGACCAUCUGUAGAACAGGACACCCGUUUUAUAUGCUUAUUUCUUUUCUAACAAUUCAGGUCGCCGGCAGAGCCUGAAGUUAGACGUGGUGGCGGUUCCCCACGAGGGGGCACCCCACGUGGUAAAGCGCGCGGAACCAGAGGAGGUCGCACGGACAGUAACAAUUACUCUGCGACUUCGCCCAACAACACAACCUCUACUCCUACCGUCUCUCGAGGGGGAAAACGCGGGGGUCGGGGCAAAAAAAGUCAGUGGUCCAUGGCAAAGGAGGAGAGUUCACAACUUCGACUUAAUCAAAGAGCCAAUCGAUUCAAAGAGCAUCUCAGCGACUCCACUCUGACGGGUGCAGGCUCUAUUGCAAAAUCUACCAGCCAGUUGUGUCUGAUGUCAGCAGGAGAUAAAGAUGACCAGCUUCUUGACUUCCACCAGUUUAAAGUCACUGGAACAAGCGAGGAACUGGAAAAGCCUUACCUUCGGCUAACUAGCGUAAGAAAAAAUAUCCCUCAUGUGCCCAACCGCCCCGAUAUUGCUGCAUGUAGGCGCUGACUACCCCCUCCCCUUUAGAUUAGCAUAAUUUUGCAUGGGCUGUAUGAGACGCUGGGGAGACGUAGUCCCAUUGUUGCAUGUCGGUCACCCUGUUGUGACCCCAUAUGGUACGCAGCGCUCAACGAUGUCUCCGCUAAACUUUGGCGAACGCACCGUGUGCGCGCCGAUGAUAACCACUGUCUGACGGAAAAACCGAACAAGGCUAGUUAGCGCAUCUAUCUGUCGGUCCAGGUGUCCGCACAAUGUGGUUAUGUCGAUAUUGACGAUCCAAGCUUGUUGUGGCACACGUAUCUACGGUGGUUGUAUGGGGAUUUGCUUGUUUUCCUAUAUCUCCUGAAUUUGUGAAAGCAAGCACUUGGUCGUCGGAAUAAGCGAACACACGUCGGACUGUCCCACCAAGUUGAGAGAUGACAUCUAGUUCAACGACUAUUUCCUCACUAUUCAUCUUUUACGAGAACAGGUUGCAGCAGUGGAACCGUCACAAAUUUUUUUGGUGCUAACAAGUGUUGUCUGUCUUUUUUCGACAUCACGCCAUCCGGAUAGAGUAAUCUCAUUUACAUGACAUCAAUAUAUACCACAAGAUGUUUGUUGCCUUGAAUGCCAAUCCCUUAAACCUUUCUAAUGAUGACCUUAGUCCUAAGGACACGUUCAAAUAUCGAAUACCCAUGAUUUCAUCCCUUGACACACUGUCUCGGCGCCGAGCGGAAUCUUAGAUUUAGCUUGUAGAUUUUGGUGCAAUCGGGACGGUCGGAAAAGGGUCUUAAGCACCACGACGCUCUGGCUGAGGCAAAAGACAUCGGAGCGAAAAUUCCUAAACGUAAGACUCGACUAUUUUUGCCAUUGGGACGUCUUGUCGUUGUGAAAAAGAAGCCAGCAAUGGUGAUGAUGGCAAACUGAUAUACAGUAAGAAGUGGAGAUGAGUAAGUACGGAAUAAAAAAUGAUUUUUUUUUUUAUAGAAACCAACAUGAAGGAACAACAUUCCGAUGUUCGAAACUUUUGAUUGGGUCUCUUUCAAAACGCCUGUGCAAGAAGGCGUUGUUCCUUAAUCCCACAGAACUGGGUAUAGGUCGAUAUGUAGAAAUUCCUAGAAAGAGCAGGCCUUGAUAUCCGGUUGUGGGGAUCACGAACAGUCGACCACCAAGUAGGCCACAAAUAAAGCAAGUGCAAUGGCAGCGCACUCUUGCAAAUGAAGGACCCUAGGUCCGGGCUAUGGUUUUGGCCUACUGAUGACGGAUGCCAGUUUGGUAGUUGGCAUCAGUUUCAGGCUGUUCUUCACGGUAGACGUUCAUCGCGAUGAGGCGCAUAAGACAGAACAGGGUAGGCUCGAGUUGGCAACUCUUCAUCUUUCUUGUCGGUGCAAAUGCUUUCAAUGCUGACUCAUCUGUGACACAUGCUACCAUAUCGUCAGAUCGGCUGUCAACCGCUCCGGAGUUCAGACCCGGGAAUUUUCAGAGUUCGUUACGGUUCGAAGUGCCAGAUGAUGCCUUUGUGGAAUCGAGACUGGCUCUUAUUUAAUGACACCUGAAGUUACCGGGCCGUGAAGAUCGCGUCCAUUGAACGAUGGUCCCUGAAUCCUUGUCUGUCAAAGGGGUCAUAAUUCCAGAUAUGUGUUCAAGUGAUUGAGGACGCGGACAAGUGUUUUGCCUGCAGUGCUGAGGGAAGUUUCGCCAUGGUUGUCAUGGGCCUGCCAACUUACUUUCUCCAAGUGGACAAUAGUUGCGUCCGUGACGUUAUCCUUGAAACGGCGAGUUCUGCUUGUUCAAAAUUAACAAACUCCGUGUUUGUACAUGAAUAAAAUUGAGUUUCCUCUCUGAGCCUUUCCGUUGGGCAUGUUGCCGCUUAAGUGAUCAUCCCCCCGCAGAAAGGGCUGGUGGCGAAGGCCAACAUUUAUUGCCACCCGAAGUAGUCUGUUGAUAUCUCCCUCGCAAAGACCAUCCUUUUGUCGCAACCCGUGUUCGUUAAUAUAUCCUACCUACUUGGUCGCUUUCUGUUUGUACAUCGUUAGAUGAAAGUUAAAAGUGUUGAGUUGCGCGACGAUGUAUAUUGACGUUUCCUCCCCAUUCACCUGGCUUUGCAGCCGCAUUGCCACGGGUCGUGAAAACUUGGCUUUUCCAAUAGUCAUGAAAUUUGCAUUAGUUGACCGCUGCGAAGAUAAAGCCGUAACAUAAAGUGGUCAUAUUUCAAUUAAUAAACUUGUAGCCCCCAUCACGUAGUUUGCCAAUAGAAACACUUAUUUUACCCUUAUACCUAAUCGUUAUAAUUGGGCGGACAGAACCGAGUCAUUUGGUCGUUGGAUAGGCUGUGGUUAGUGGUUUUGGUAUAUUGCAUGCAUUGGGUGGUCGAACUCAGCACAUCUUUGGUCAUUCGUAACACAAUAAACGGCUGUUCGAAUGUCAGCUUUUAUGAGCCAGUGUAGGGCUGCUGCGCACCAACGCAUGUCAUCAGGGAUCAGGAUAUUUACUUCGCACUGCACAACAUCGAGUUCUGCAUUUCAUUCCGUCCCCACUAGUCCUUGUUCUUUACCAGAGCUGUUUUUUUGUCUGUUCAGGCACCGGAUCCCUCCAACGUUCGUCCAGCUGAGGUUUUGGUCCGUUCUCUGGCUCACGUGUUGCGGCGGUGGAAGGAGAAGAACGAUUACCACUGGGUGUGUGAACAGUUGAAGAGCAUCCGCCAAGACUUGAUUGUACGUCAGCGACUUACUUGCUAUCGACACCAAGUUUCCUCUGAUAUUCUGUUUCACUAUUAUCUUAACCUGUCUUUUGGUCAAAGUUGCAUGACUGAUAAUAGUAGACAACAACGAAAAUUUGCGAUUCGCGAAGUCCCUCCGGUUUUCGAAACCUAACCCUUGCUAUCAUGGUUUGGCUAUGACUAGUGUCCUCAUUCUGCUUUUUAGAUCCAAGGCAUACAGACAGAAUUUACAGCCAAGGUCUACGAAGCGCACGCGGAUAUCGCCCUUGAUGCUGGGGACUUUGAGGAAUUUCACCAAUGCCAAAGUCAGCUUCUGCGCUUGCAUUCCGAAAAUCUGGGUUUGGCGCGACGUCUCGAAUUUUCGGCCUACCGUCUUUUGUACUACAUAUUCACAUUGGAUUUCCUAGGUGCGUUAACUAUUCUCAUCCUAGCUCUUUUUAAAGCCUUUUUCUGUGAUCGGAUCUCCAAUUUUCUUUUGAGAAGCCACUGGUUUCUGUGAUGAUUAGGAAGGAAACAUGGGAUUCGGUAAUUUGUCCGCUUUUACCGAGCCUUUAGACUUGUCUUCAUUGCGGGUUUUCCGCGUUUUAACGUACUUAGUAGUAAAGGACCAAGAGGUGUGGUAGCAGCUUAAUCUAGUUCUGUUAACUUGAACAGUGUUUUGCUGCCGCCAAUUCAUUUUGCUUUUCUGUCUCUACUUCAUACUACGUUAUUUGAGAAGUUUGUAGACUGAGAAACUAGAAUGCCGAGCGACAAACUUGCUAACAUCCCACGCGUCCUCACCGCCAACGCACAUUAAGAGAUUGCGCUGAUUUUGUGAGACGUAGAUAGGAUUGAAUGCCACCGCUGCUACGCCGUUUGAUCACAGGCGUGAAGCAUACUUGUGCCCCUGACGAUUGCUCGCUACCUUCUGUUACCAUUAGCUAUCAUGUGCCUACCAGUUAUACUUGAGAGCCCGAACAGACACGGAAGUGGUUCGUGUGCCUUAUUUGGCAUGACUGGAAUCCAUGGUGCGAACAAGAAAGGACAAUUGCUGGGCUGGUUUUUAUGUUCGCUCGAACCUUUGAACCCGUUAGGAGCUGAUCAUCAGACAAAGUGGCGGUGACAUUCUCAGCCGUUUGCAGUUUUUGCUCCUGUCGGCCGCGUGCAACAUUGUCUGAGGAUAAGUCUCGCGAUAUAGGCAGCGUAUUCAUGUUCUGGGUCGUCAUAUUGUCUGGCCUGUACUGCAAUGACUGUUCUAUGAACGCAGACUCCCGGGAGAUAACUGCGUUAAACUGAGACAUUGCUUUUCCCCGAUGCACCUUUUAUGUACAGUCGGUGCCAGACUGACCGCCUGCUGCUGUCUGUGUGGGUUCAUUCACAAGCGUGAGAGCUAAGACGAAUUUAAUGACUUCCGAUGACCGACUCAACUUCCUUGCGACAAAAACCUGGCACUCUCACUCCAGUAUUAAUAACUUCAGUUUGCCAUUGUUAGAAUCAUCUCACGAAUCCGAUUAAACAUUUUAGCUGCAAUGCAGAGCUUGACAUAAUUCUACAAAUAGGCACCUGCAUUGCGCUAGUGAAUUUGCAUAUUCGGUUUCCUGUAAGCUACAGGUUUCUCCUAUAAAGUAGACAUACUAUUAGCAGUACCACUUGGCACUCCAUCACUUCUGAUAUCGCCAUCCAGGAUUUUUUCAUGAUUCUUAUUUUGAAUGGACUUAUUUUUCGUUGUAAUGCAACACUCGUUUGACUAGUAAUUUACCUGAUUCCCCCCUCUUGCCUUUCUGCAGGUAUCAGCACCAUAAUGGCCUCCUUCAGGCCUUCCCACAAGGAGCAUCCGCACGUAAAGUUCGCCCUCAAAGCGCGUGAGGCCUGGGCCCUGAGGAACUAUCGACGGUUCUUUCAGUUAGCCUGUCCGUCCUCGAGUGAAGAGGCACCACCACCACGCGGUUGUUUACAGGUUUUGGCCUGGUCUCUCUCUCGAGAACGGAAGCAGGCGAUUAAGGCUAUUUUCAAGACGUGCGUAAUUUUAUGUGGUUGUAGAGCUGCUGCUUGUGUAUGCGUGUUUGUUUGACCUAGGUUGUUGCGUCAGGCCUAAACUAAGGCCAUAUAUUCGAGGAAAAUGGUUCGUGCCUUUGAGGAACCAGUUCAGAGAAGCGGGAUGUCCCGAUCCCAGUUACAGUUGCACUCGAAAGCGAAUGCAAAGUAAAACCGGUUCUCAGUAUGAUGUAUGUGAACCAUCUUAACUCUUUAAACACCUUGACUAGCAACUGUCGGCCAACCAGGUAACUCUGUUGUCGGAACUGCAAACUAUCGUUCGACCACUCGUUGGCAACGUCUUGUACUUUAUCUUAGGGAAGCCGGCGUACAUGGUAUGCCAGGGGUGGGGAAAAUGCCCUGGCCGUUCUUCGGCCUCCUUGUUUUGGUCAUACGAUCGGAAUGCCAUGAGCGCAGAAGGAGAGUAAGGUCGGUGUCGCGAAGGUCUCUCACGACUUUUGUACUGGGUCGGGCUCCCCCCUCGAGGUACUGGCUCUCCACAAAAUGGGGGUUAUUGUGCGGUCUCACCGCCUUCUUUUCCGACUAGUCCCUAUCCGGUUGUGACUAUUCAAGACAAAUUUGUAUGCUGUGUAACUGGGAUACAGUUAUUAGGUUUGCCGUUUUACCGCGCUCCGCAGAUCAUAUUUAAUAAGAGAUAGGCAUUUUUGGUAUGUAAGGGAACCUGCACAUUAUCCUUAUCCACUUCGAAUACUAUAGAAAAGAAUAAUUGCCAUCAGCGUUGAGUUGAACAGCGUUUAAGGAAAUUUCAAGGUUAUUCUAAUUAUAUGCUACCAUCCACAACCUGUCGAUUAUCUUAAGUAAUUUUGUCUUUUUAACAAUCACAGCUUCUCGGUAUUUGCCCCUCUCACAUGUUUUGCUUCACGUUUGAUACUCCUGUAAUUUGAGCACAACUUUGAUGGUCUGAUCAUCACAGAUUUGGAAAUUACUGUUACCUGCUUUGUGCCAUCCAUCCAGCAUCCCUCAAGGGACAAUCAGAACUUUUCCCUAUUUCCUUCCCUAAUUCCCUAUUUUCUUUGGUUCUAUUUGUAUCUUGCUGAUGCUUGGGCAUCCUCAAACCCGUCUUCCUUCGGCGCACGCGAUUGGACGGAAACGUGCUCUUCUCUCUGUUCUCCCUGCGUCCCAUUCCUUGAUGGACUCGUGUAUUUUGCCUCCCCCUUGCAGUUAUCGACCAACCUUAAGUUUGUCAUAUGUGGCUGAGACACUGGGGUUCUAUAGCACCACAGAGUGCUCCGACUUCCUGGUCAAAGAAAUGAGUAUUCCCGCCAAUCUGGUGGAGGGUGUUGAGAAGUUAGAUUGCAAGGAAAUUUGGUCCCAAAUCUGCCAGGCAGGUGCCACCGAAGCAAAUGCAACCUAG